AAGGUUGCUUCUGUGCUGCUUUAGUUUAAAAUGUCUGAAAUGUUUCUCUUCUCCCAUUGGAUCCCAUGCUGAACAAUUUAACCAGAUCAGAAUAACAAGUCUGCUAAUCUAGAAUUUAUAAUGCCUCUGCUAGUGACAGGUUGUUAAUAUUAUUAUUUCCACUGGAUCCUAUGCUAAACAAUGUAGCCCGAUCAGAAGAACAAGUCUGCUAAUCUAAUCUGCGAGUGACAGGUUGUUAGUAUUAUAUCCUGAUCUGAAUUUGACCAACCUUUCAGCCUAUCCAUUGUCUGGUCCGAAGAUAGAAAACAAGAAUGCAUGCUGGCCCUACUAUUGCUGCUGAUAAGCAGCCAGAAGCCCAGAAAAGACAUCCCCGUUGAUCAUAGACAAAAGAAGUAUUGAACUUCCAGUACUUUUUCAGCGUUGUAUCCUAAUUUGAUUCCUGCAGAUCCAAGAUCUGGUGUUUAGCCUUGCUCUAAGUAAAGCCAUAGCCUCCAAACAGAUGGUGCAUAUGAAUCAAGGACAAGGGGAAACAAGCUAUGCACGCAACUCCAGUAUCCAGAAUUCUCAGCAGAACAGGAUGAAGCCGCUGAUAGAAGCGGCCAUCGUUGACUUGUGUGGCAGCAGAAGCACCUUGUUCCCCGAAAAGAUGCUGAUUGCGGACUUGGGCUGCUCUUCUGGCCCAAAUGUGCUAGCACUGGUAUCGACUGCCAUCAAGGCCAUCAUCAACCACUGUCUUCAGUUCCAGCAAUCACGACCAGAAGUGUGUGUGCUCCUCAAUGACCUUCCUGACAAUGACUUCAACACGGUGGUGAAGAGCCUGGUCACGCUCCGUCAAAGUAACAACAAGCCUGUUGUUGUGACUGGUAUCGCGCCGGGGUCGUUUUACGAGAGGCUAUUCACUAGUGACUCCUUGCAUCUUGUCUGCUCAUCCAACAGCUUGCACUGGCUCUCCAUGGCUCCCGAAGAUCUGACAAUGAACCAGAUCCCUGCGUACGACAUGGAUGAGCAUGCUAGGUGUGAAAGACUCCCUAUAGUCCGUGAGGCUUAUGCACAGCAGUUCAGGAAAGAUUUCAUGCUUUUCCUGGAGCUGAGAGCCAAAGAAUUGGUCCCAGGAGGCCGAAUGGUUGUUUCCCUUGUAGGACGGCCUUCUAAUGUAAAAGCCUCCAAAUUCUUUCACCUUUGGGAAACUUUAGUUCAGAUUCUAAGUGUCAUGGCCUUAGAGGGUGUGAUCGACAAAGCGAAGUUUGAUUCUUUCUAUGUGCCGGUGUAUGGACCCUCUGGUGAAGAGCUGAGGGAGGUCAUCCAAGACGAGGGCUCCUUUUCUAUCAGGGAUAUGCGGGUAUAUGACGCUACAACUGAUAUGGACAGCAUGCUCUUCACCCCAAGCUCGUUCGUGAAUCAUCUGAGAGCCAUAUUUGAGCCAAUAAUAGUCGAGCAUUUUGGAGAGGUCAUGGAUGAAUUUGUGAGGACCGCGGAGCGGCGCUGGAGCCUCGAGGGCAGCAUGCAAGACGAGCGUGCCAGAAAUCCACGAGCUAUGCUGGUUGUAUCCCUUGCAAAGGCAUGAUUAUCAGGUCACACUGAUAGGUUCUCUUGUGCAAGAAGUUCUAUUGCUUGGCAACAUUGCCUUGUGGGGAUCCGAGUUGUAUGGACAUGUCGUUGACACUGCUUCGGGAGAAAAAUAGAUGGAUGGUAGUGUCCAGGCGUCGAGCCGAACACACCUGUCUCUUUAAGGCUCUGUACCCUGUUACUACCUCUUAAGAGGUUGAGCAGGUCUGUUGGUUCAUGGGAGGGUUCCAGGAGGAUGUUCAAGCAGGCAUAAUCAAAUGUAACAAGUGCUUUGCAAGCCGGAGGAGGUCUGGAGGCAACGUACAGGGGUCCCUUUAAUCUGUGAUGUACCAGCGCCUCCCUCUUUGAGUUCUUCAAAUCUGGGUGCAUCCAUGGGCAUUCCUUUGCUAGCUUUGUUUCUUUGUCCUGGCAAUGGAGCCUGCAAGCUAUGCUCGCCACAUCACUCGGAAGGCAUGACCAGAUUGAGAAGCACGUUGACAUUUUUACCGCCCCCAAUAAGCAGCCAGAACAGUCAUCGCCAGUUGAGCAUCAAAAAGAAGAAUUGAACAUCCAGUGCAAGCGAAGCCAUGGCAUCAAAACAAGUCUGCUGGUUGAAGGUCUCUGGAUGUUAGCCCUGCUGCAAUCGAAGCCAUGAAUCAAGGCCAAGGGCAAACUAGCUAUGCUCCCAACUCCAGUAUUCAGGUGAUCCCCAUGACUUUUUGUACUUCCUAGAGCACUCUGAAGCUCUGACUCUUUGGGAGGAUCAUGUGUUGAAACUGGUUGAACAAGUGUCAGUUAUAUCACAGAGAACAUUCAAUAUGGUAAACCGUAAUAAUCGCUUGAUUUAAUUGCAUGUUAUUCAAAGAGAAGAGCAUACACACUUUUUGGCUUUUUCUUCCCUCUCCAGAUCAAAUAUGAAAGAACAAGUACAGCCACUACCACCAUAGGAACCACUACUGAGAGAGAUACUAUGGCUGUUCUAUUUCGUGAUGGAGGUGAACUUAUUGUUUUGUUGCACAUAUCUUCUUCAGAUUCAUACCUGAAAUAUUGAAAUUACAUCAAACAAUUACUUCAGAACUACUUUAGUACAAAAAGCAAUCUUGAAUAGUCAGCUGCCUGAAGAUCACAGAAAGAGAUGCAUUCAAGUUCAGUUCGAAUGAACAUUCACAGAAACGAAACCUCAAGAAUAAAACCCAAACCUGACAACGAGCGAUCCUGCGUUCCUUUUACAGAGGGAAUACGGAAUUGGACCAUUCAGAUUGUUGCGGGACAAAUCCCUGUUGCAAGUGAGCAGUACUAGUUUAGACACCCAAUGCAUCGUAACAGCUGCAAACAAAUAUAUCCAAAUAAAAGUUCUCUCAAGUGGAUUCUGUCGGUGUUCUUCCGUCAUGUCUACAGGUAGAAGGAGCUCCUCAUUCAUGUCAAAUGAAAAUGUCAGAUAUUAUGGACAGACGAUAAUCAUAUUUAGCUUUACAAGGCAACCAUAAUGCACAUUUAUACACUUCCCCGCCAUCCACUAAUUAUCAGUCAAGAAUGGAGUGUUCUGGUGUGAAAACAUGUUGGUUAUGAAUAAGUCUAACUUUUUGGAACAAAUUUGUAUAAGCCAUAGUUAUACUCAUUAUCUCUACUACUUACAAAAGUUGGAGUUCUGUGAGCAACGUGAAGUUAUCAGAUACCAAUCCAGUCAAGUUACUAUUGGAUAGAUCCCUGCAUGAAAAUUAGCAUUCCAACAUCAAGGCACAGGCUACGUAUUUGCACAUGCAACAUGAAAGACCAUCGAAAUAGCACUUACAGAGAUAUUAUCCUCGUAAUGUUAUCAGUUAAGUCGCUACAAUUGACGCCAUUCCAUCGAUAUUUGGCCGGAAAACAUGGAUCACCCAUCCAGUUCUUUUUCACUCCGUACUCGAGUUUGAUAGCCAUCAUUGUGUCAACUAUGAUCACAAAAUUAGAAAAAGGGAGUGGUCAGGAAAAACUGUUUGAUCAUCCUCGUAAAAAACGGUUUGAUCACAGAAUGCAAAUAUGCAGUUUCAUCGCACUUGGCCGCCGCCGUGUAGGUGGUGCCCUCGCCUGGGCGCAUAGAUUGGCACGGAGGUGGAGGCACCACGACUCCACGAGACCUCCUAAGGCCUUGUACAAUGCAAGGUGCUUAGGAGAGGUGCUUCGAGAAAUAUACCAGGCUUUUCUUAAGCACCCGUGCUUAUUUGUACUGGGUAGAUGCUUAAUUAGGCGUCUCUGUUAAACAUCUUAAGUAAUAAAGCGCCUCUUUUUGAAAAAAAAUUAAGCGUCUUUUCUAUAGAAAUAAGCACCAAUGAUUCAGAAAACCCUCAUUUAUUUUUCUAAGCACCUUCCUAAACACCUAGCAUCGUACAAAGCCUAAUCCACACUGGUUGCGCCAUGUAACCCAACCGGCCGCUCACGCGAGCCGAUGCGUCGGCCAGCCUAACAAACCGUAUCUCACGGGAGCGGGUGAGUGGGUGGUCUACCUUUGUUGAGCACUGGCUCCUGUACCCGAUGACCUUGACCGUUGGCCUCUGACAUCUGAGCACUGACCGUUGACUGCUGACUUCUACAAAACUAUUUUGCAAAAAAUAUCAAGAAUUCAAUAAAAAAAUGUCGCAAAUUUGAAAAAGUUCACAUAUCUAAAAGAAAUCACCAAUUUGAAAAAAAUCCCAUGAAUAAAAAACAAGGGUUUGAAAAACUUUCACAAAUUCAAAAAAUAUUCACGAAAUUGGAAAAAGUUAAUGGAUUUGAAAAUUGUUCGCACUUUUUGAAAAAAAGAUUAUGAAAUAAAUGAAAAUGAAAAAUAAAAACAAACAAAAAUUAAAAGGAAAAAACAUGAAAACCGUCAGAAACUGGUCAAAGAUAGAGGGAAGCAAAACCCAGAGAAUUGGCCUGAAAAAAACCCAGUGAUGAGAGUGACCCAAUUGAGCUGGCCCAGUUAAGGUACCGAUGGAAUCAUGCCCAGUGACGAAAAAGGCUGUAACUGGUGCCAUAAGCGUCGAACAGGAAACGGGAGGCACCGUUUUGCUUCAUGGAUUGGCGAGCUAUUUUGCUCUAGUUGGGUCAGGCUUUUAAAGAAACCGAGAUUGUUUCUUUCUCUCGUCAUCUCAUUCUCGAAGCGCUCAAAAUAAAUCUACUCAUUCUCGUCUUCUUUCCUCUUCAGUCAAGCAGUGACAUGGUAACAUAGGAUGUUAUAGCCUGUGCGGAAGCAUGAGUUGAUGUACUGCUGAAACCUAUGAUCAUUUUCUUGAUUUCCUGUGUUAACAUAUGCAUUCAAGUUAUAAAUGUCUAUUCCCUCCAGAUGGGUAUGGGUUUACAAGGCUCAUUUGGUUUGUCUUAAGCCAAAUCUUUUCAAAAUUUGUUGCAAAAAUCUUUUUAAAUUUGAUUAAGUUUGUCGAAAAAGUAUCAACAUCUACGGUACCAGAUCAGUAUCACUAGAUCUAACAUGAAGUAUAUUUUCAUAUUAUACUUGUAUAAAGUUGUAGAUGUUAUUUUUUCUCAAUAAAUUUGGUCAAACUUGAACAAGUUUGACUUAAGACAAACAACAUAAGCCUUGUAAACUUGGAAGGAGGGAGUAGUUGUUUCAACUAAUCGUACAUUAUCCUAAACAUGAUGUUUUACAACUUGACAUGUUUUACAAAUAAAACAUCUUUGUUUGCGAAUGGAGUAAGUGCUCGCAUUUGCAUAAAGAAGUAAGCAACCCAAACUUAUUUAUAAACAAAAACCAAACAUGUCUGCAGUGAACAUUUAUGAGUGGGCAUGGAAAUAUAUAAAAAGGAGGAGGGGAGGCAUCUCACAGUCUUUGGUGGACGUCCUUGGAGUGUCGUGGGGGAUGUUGUUGUAAACCUCGUAUGCAUUGAUCAUCGGAGGCAGCACGGAUGUAGGGCUGGCUGCAAGAGUGAUAUUAUACUUGCCGUCUGUAGUCUUAUUCCAGGCAGAAGAAUACAUAUAAGAAAUGGCCAGGUACGGGGGGCUGUAUGUCUGCAACCACUGGUCGUCGUUCACAUAGAGGUCGAAUAGCCGGAGCUGGGUGUUUUGGAUGUCGGUAAAGUGUAGGAAGAACUUAAACUCAAAGGACCUUUUGUACGCUCUCCAUGUACCAACGUUUAGCACGGUGACAUUGUUUAUAGGACUGACGGCUGUCUGAAGAACAAGGAUGGGUACCGCGACGCUGUUGUCGUCCUGCUGGAUGUGCUCUUUGGUGGAAAGGUUUGCCCAUGAUGAGCUGGUUUCCGAACCCCAGUAGCGGUCAUAUGGAUCGUCGGGAAACCUUCAUGAAAAUAAUAAUUCAUCAUUGAAAAACAAAAUGAAAGUGAACUGUUUGCGUAGUGAGAUUGCUACUGUGUCAGAAACUUAAAAUGGGCCUCCAUUAAUUAUCCCAAGUUUAGAGAAACUUCAGAAGAGCUUGACAAAUGAUAUGAGAAGUUCCACACAUGUUUCACAAAAGUAUUUUGACUCCUGUAAUUCGAAGAAUAAAGUUUUUUCACAAGAACGUAGCAACUCAGGAUGUGUGUGCAUCUUCUAUACACAUAAGAAUGUAGCAAUGUCUUUCAAAAAUGAUUCUAAUGAUCACAUGGCAGAUUCAAAACCUUCAUGUUUCCCAAAAUAUUGCAAAGAUUAUUAAUUUGCCAUGCUCUUCACGAUUAGAUACCACCUUUUUUGUUAGCAUGGCAAGCUUUAGAAAUAUUUUGUUUUGUUCACAUGGCAAAUUUUAGAAAAAAUCUCUAUGUUCACAAGUUUUUUCUUAGCUACCAUGAUUUUCAGAAAAAACAUGACAAAAUUAUGCUAAAAUUUUGUUAUUAUGUGAAGUUAAAUUAUUUUUUGCCAUGGCAAAGAAACAUAACAUGUGGGCUUUGAAAACUUAAAAUAUGUUGCCAUGUCAACUCAACUUAUAAGUCAUGUCAAAUUAAAUCAUGUUUUUGUUGCCCUGGAAAUUUCAUAGUUAGUUCAAAGAGAAAUCAACUUUAAUUUGCCAUGAUAUAUGGUAGUAACUUUUGCCAUGAUAUGUAUAGUUGUCGUGAUUCAAGCAGUUUUUCUGCUCAUUUGCCAUGGUCUACGAAGCUAAUUUUCCAUGUCAAGAUGUUUUUGUAUUUUAGUCCAUGGCAAUUUUAAGAACAAAAUGCUCUAUAACAUGGCAAAUCUACUACUGUUCUAUAACAUGGCAAAUCUAUUGUUGUACAUACGGUUGCUUUGACAAAAGUGUUUAGGGGGUGUCAUUUAUUAGAUCUGUUUAUCAUACCCAAAACAUGAAACUCGUUGUCUUUUUCUAGAGAGAAGUGUUUCUGAGUGGAACUUUUUUAGAGUGAGAUGAUGGCAACUUAUUAGGACCGAAAACCUUGAUCUUGUGAUAGUACCAACUGUUCUAGGUACAUGGCAAAUUUUACCAAAACAAUGUACAUGGUAAAUUUGUACUUCGGCAAUUGUUUUGAUUUAUUUUGUGUGCAAGACAUGGCAGAUUUUGUGUACGCCUUUUGGCAAAUUUGGGAAUGUUUCUACUAGUCACAUGGCAAAAUCACACCUUUUUGUGUACAACACAUGGCAAAUUAGAGAUUUUUUCUCUCCUAUUCACAUGGGAAAUCCAUAACAUUUUUUUGGGCUUCCAAACAUGGCAAAGUUUAGGUCUUUUUAUGAUGCUCCCAGGUCAAACUUUAGGAAUUUUCUCCUUAUUCCUGGAAAUUUUGAGAAUGCUUUUUUACUUUUGUUACAUGGUAAUUUUACUCUUUUUUGCAUAUUUCUAAGAAAAAUAUUUCCCUACACAUUGCAAAUUUUGUAAGAAAAAAUACUUGUCACAUGGAAAAUUCAUACCAGUUUUCUUCCAAUCAUGACAAAUUUAUAUACAUUUUGCAUAUAACGUGCACAUCUUAUAUCUUUUUUAUUUUCCGUACAAUGUUUUUGCCAUGUUAUUCUAGAAAACAUGUGAUUUUUCUUAACUUGUUAAUGAAAAAAUAAGGAGAAAAUGUUUUCACAAAAAACAUGACAAAUUUUGUAAAGCGACAUGUCAAAUUUUGGCAAAACCACAUGGCAAAAUUGAGGAUUUUAAAAAAAGUAAAAUCACAUGGCAAAUUCUUUUUUUCUUACUUUCAUGAUGGCAAAUUUAUUUUUGUACCAUGGCAUUUUUAUUUUUGGUAACAUGGAAAAUUAUAAUUUGGGAUCAUGGGAAAUUCUUUUUUUCUUACUUUCACGAUGGUAAAUUUAUUUCAGUACCAUGGCAAAAAAAUAUAACAUGGCAAACUUAUUCUGUACAUACAUUUGUCUUUUUACUUUUGAGCGAACCAUGGUAAAUUCCUUUUUAGUAAAUUAUUUUGUGGACCAUUGCAAUUUUAUUGUGCACAUCAUUGAAAAUUUAUUGAACAAAUCAUGGCAACUUAUUUUAAUACCACUACAAAUUAUUUGAAUAUAGCAUGGCAGUGUUAUCUUAACAUACACCAUGACAAACAUUUUUGUAUUUUUAUGAUGGCAUACCUAGCAUUUGUUUUAGUCCAUAUAACAUGGCUACUUUUGCUUGUGUUAAACCAAACAACGAGUCGUUGGUAAGGUGAUAUAUCUCUCCCCUCGCGUCGCCCCUGCUCGGGCGACUCGGGGGUCCAAACCCUAGCGCCGCCGCCUCCUUUUCCCCUCCCUUCACCCCUCGCCGCUGCCUGAGGCCGCCGCCGGGUAAGCCCGGGGCGCCGCUGAGGAAGGUGGCGGCGGGGCCCUGGCUGCCCUGCCUCUUCUGCGGGGGGCCAAGGUCCUCGGGGCGGCGGCCCUGUCGGAGAGACGUUACCGGCCCUGCGACAGGCGGUGGCGGGGGCGUGGGCCGGCGAACCUGGCCGUGUGGACGGCGGGUGAACUGGAGGACGGGUGGCGUGGUGCAGCGGCAGAUCGGCAGCGCCAGAUCUGGCCGCCCCUGCCUCCCCUGUUUAGCGAGCUCCUCCCCGGCUGGAUCCGGCCUGCUCCUCUGCGGGCCGCCCGGUCUCGCGCCGUUGGGGUAAGGGUGGCGGGGAUUCGAAGAUCGGGAGAAAUCCCAGGCCGGCCUCGCCGGUCUUGGCGGCGGCGACGCUCGAGGGCACCGCUCCCCUCCUUGGAGGCGCCGUUCAGGUCAGAUCCGCCGCCCCCUUCCCCUCUAGUCUCCCGGGUGAAAACCACAACACUGUUGGGCGGCGGCGGUGCCCUUGGCGUCGCGUUCCUUCCUGAAGGCGCCGUCUUUGGGAGCUAGGUGGGCAUUGGGCUUGCUCGGCGAUGUGGUGGGUGUGUAGCGGCGGAGGUAGCUGGCCGCUAAUGCUCUUCUCCGCCCGUUCCGGCAUCUCUUUCUCAUUCAUGUCCAGUCCGUGGAUUUGGUGGUGCUCUGCUCCAGGUGAGCACUCCGUGGCUUGUCGGGUGCGCUCGGUUCCUUUUCCAGAUGCAGCCUGCCGGUGUCCUUUCUCCCAGGUUCUAGGGUGAACCGCGACACUGUCAACGGUUCGGCGCCUUCGAUCCAGGCGAGGAGGCAGGGGCUUUCUUUGACAGUGGAGCUGGGAGGACAUGGCAUGUCGGGGCCGCUGGCGAUUUGGCGAUGGCGUGCCCUUCCUCACCGUCGGAAGUGCUACUCCUGUGCUGACAUUCUCCUACUUCCUUGGUGACCCGUACGCGAAUUGAGGACCUACACAUCUCCGAGCUGCGUGUCUCCAUGUUCGAUCAUAUUUAGCUUGGUGUGUGAGGCUUGUGAGCUGCUGUCCAGCGUCUUUGUACCUUGUCGUUUUUUUUUGUUUUCUUGUGUUGGUUUCGCGCUUGUAUUACUUUUCCUGGCCGGUUGAUGGCUUUGUUAAUUCAAAGCCGGGCUCCUCUAGAGCCUUCGUUCUAAAAAAACUUUUGCUUGUGUUUUAAGACGGAUUUUUUUAAAUACAUGAAUCUUGAAAAUGAACAAACAUUUUUUCAACAUAUAGGCGAAAUUUUAUCAUGAACAUGGAAACCUUUCUUCCGCCGUUUUUAACAUGGCAAAAAUUGUGAAAUUUUGUUUUUCCCAUACUACCUAUCGCUAAAUUAAUUAAAGAUUUUUCACUAUGUGUUUUUUUACCAACAGUUUUGACAAUUUACUUGUUCACAUCAUGGCAUUUUUGUGUGCUUACUCUUCUUCCAGACAAUUUUUGUAAUACUGUUUAUUUCUACCCACAACAAGGCAAAUUUCAUUUUCUUUUAUCAUUUGUUUUCAAGGGCGGUCAGGUUGGACCAUUGGAGGCCUAGUAUAGGGCAUGUAUCGACGUGGUUCACUCGGGGGAUGUAUCCUAGGGAAUUACUCCCUCUAGAUACAUCCAUUCUAGCGACAAGUAAUAUGGAAUGGAGGAAAGAAUUCACCGGUUUCCUCCGUCAUGGAUUGAACAAAUCGUACUCCGUCCCCUUGCAAACGUUAAAUGCAUAUAUUCUAGUCCAAAAUUAUUGAAGGACUCCAUUCCCGUGAAUCAAUUGGCCUAUGUAGAAAAAAAUUCCAAGAAUCCGGGUGAUGCUCAUUAUGUUUUUGUUUGGUUAUGUACAUUUUAGUUAUGCAGAGGUCGAGCGAUGCUCAUUAUGUUUUGUAUUCGUUUGAUGCUACAUUUUAAGUUAAUAAAAAUGCCCUUUAUCAAAAAA